AUGGGCUCCAUCGCAGAACCAACCCUCUCAAUCUCGAACCCAUUCAGGACCCGCAUCCUGAAUGGCGAAAUCACACCUCUCCUGUCUGUGAAGUACAUGACCGGCAAUGAAAUUGCCAUGAUGGCCAAAAUGUCCGGCAUUCACGGCCUCUUCAUUGAUAUGGAACAUUCCUCUCUGGACCUGCACGCUGUUUCGCAGCUGAUUCUAGCCUGCAACUAUGUGGGAGUCUCCCCAGUUGUACGCUCACCCUCCAAGUCUCACUGGCACAUAAGUCGACUGCUCGAUGCCGGUGCUGCGGCUGUCGUCAUUCCGCAUAUCGAGAGUAUCCAAGAAGUGCGUGAUCUAGUCCACCAUGCUAAAUAUGCGCCGCUUGGCGCACGUGGAUGCACAAACAAUCUCCCAAUCUUUAAUUUCCAGCAUGUCCCGACGACGAAGCAGAAUGAAGUGCUCAACCGGGAAACCAUGUUGAUUCCUAUGAUUGAGACCCCCGUGGCCGUGGAAUUGGCCGAGGAGAUUUUGGCCGUGGAGGGAGUGGACGGCGUGUUGGUGGGAUCCAAUGAUCUUUGUGCUGAUCUUGGAAUUCACGGAAAGUAUGAUGAUUCUAAGUAUUUGGAUUCGGUUGUCAGGAUCAUUGAGGCUGCCAACAAAGUUGGAAAGCCCGUGGGAAUUGGUGGGAUUGGUGACCGGCUUGAUAUCCUGGAGAGAUGGUUCUCCCUCGGCGCUACUUGGUCAUUGAGUGGUGCUGAUGGGGCAAUCCUGCAAAAUGGUAUGAAGCAGAUCACAAAGAACUAUGAUGAGAUCAACCGGAGAGUGCGGAAGGUUCAAAAAUAA